AUGUCCGAUGAGCUAGGAGGGGCUGCAGAGGAACCUUUGAUUCAUACCAAGGAGGGGUUUGGGCCUCAGCCAGUGGAGAGCGAGGAGGAAACGCUGGAGCGCACCGUAAAUGAGCUGAAAGACCAGGAACGAGAGGGCGAGAAGGCCCUUCAGGAAAGUCCAAAGGAGGAACUAGAAAGGGCUGUGGAUGAACCUCUCCUUGUCUUGACCGAGAGCCCAAAACCACCGAGGCCAGAGUCUCCUGAAGGAGAAUGCUUGGAGCAGGACAGCUGCUAUCUAACCGACGACGAAGACCUCCUGCCCAACUCCGGUGCCUCCUUCAGAUACUUCUCCAGCUACCACACGGCCAGCCAGCUCCCCCCAUUCCAGCCCGAGGGCAGCGAUUCUCCGCACCGGGGCAGUGGCGAGGUCCCGGCAGUGUCAGAAGCGGCGGCGGCCUCGUACCGGGUGCUGAGCCGCCUGCUGGGCUACGGCGGGGCCGAGCCGGUGGGCUUGGCGCUGGGGGGAGCCGUCGUGGAGGGCGCGGCGGCGGGGGGCGGCGGGCUGCGGGGGUCGCAGCUGCUGGUCUUCGAGGCCGGGGAGCCGCCGGCGGGGGCGGCCGCGCCGCCGCCCCCGCGGCCGCCGUCGGAGCUGCUGUGCGCCCGGCACCGCUGCGCGCUCCUGGACGCCGCCCCGAAAGGCGAGCCGCGGUGCUGGGGCGGGGCGGCCGGCGGGCUCCUGUUCCCCCCCGGGGCCGGCCUGGAGCUGCAGCUGGCCGCCUUGGGGCUGCGCCGGGCCGCCCCGACGGCGCCGGGAGGGGCGGGCAAGCCGGGCGGGCCGGGACUGCCGGCCCCGCCGCCCGCCGGGGAGGAGACCAGCGACGCCCUGCUGGUGCUGGAAGCCCUGGGCCCCGACGGGGAGGACGAAGAGGAGGAGGAGGAGGAGGAGGCGGCGGCCGGGCAGGGCGAUGCCUCCGGCCCAGGCGGCGCGGGGGGCGGCCGUUGCCCGCCGCCCGCUCCGGCCCCCCCUCCGCCGCCCCCGGCCGCCCCCUCCAGGAAAGGCUCCUUCAAGGGCCGCCUGAGCCGCCUGUUCCGCACCAAGAGCUGCAGCGGGCCGCCCUGCAGCGCCGCCGCCGCCGCCGCCUCGGGCGCGCGUCGGGCCGGCGGCAGGGAGCGCCCGCCCGCCUCCGCGACCCCCGCCGGCGCCGCCCCGGGCACGGCCGGCAGCCUCCCCGACGUGUCCCAGCCUGGGGGUCGAGAGCAAGACUCGGGCAGAAAACCGAGAUUGAUGCGAACGCAAAGUGCCUUUUCUCCCGUUGUUUUUGGACCCCUCUUCACGGGUGAGACGGUGUCACUGGUGGAUGUGGACAUCUCUCAGCGCGGUCUGACGUCCCCGCACCCGCCCACGCCGCCGCCACCUCCACGGCGAAGCCUCAGCCUUUUGGACGAUAUCAGUGGGACACUACCUACGUCUGUCUUGGUGGGUCCGAUGGGGUCGUCGUCCCUCCAGUCUUUCCCUCUUCCACCGCCACCUCCACCGCAUGCCCCCGACGCGUUUCCCCGGAUCAUCCCUAUCCGAGCGCCCGAAGCGGUACACAGCCAACCCGCACAGCACCUUCAGUGCCCGCUCUAUCGGCCUGACUCGAGCAGUUUUGCAGCUAGCUUACGAGAGCUGGAAAAAUGUGGUUGGUACUGGGGACCUAUGAACUGGGAGGACGCCGAAAUGAAGCUCAAAGGGAAACCUGACGGAUCCUUCCUGGUCCGUGACAGCUCUGAUCCUCGGUACAUUCUGAGCCUCAGCUUUCGGUCACAGGGCAUUACCCACCACACCAGGAUGGAGCACUACAGAGGAACCUUCAGUCUUUGGUGCCACCCCAAGUUUGAAGACCGCUGCCAGUCCGUGGUGGAGUUCAUCAAGCGGGCCAUCAUGCACUCUAAGAAUGGGAAGUUUCUGUACUUCUUGCGCUCCCGGGUUCCAGGUCUCCCUCCAACUCCCGUCCAGCUUCUCUACCCCGUCUCUAGGUUCAGCAACGUGAAAUCACUCCAGCACCUCUGUCGUUUUCGAAUAAGGCAGCUGGUUCGCAUUGACCACAUUCCCGAACUCCCGCUCCCGAAGCCUCUGAUCUCGUACAUCCGCAAGUUCUACUACUAUGACCCCCAAGAGGAGGUGUAUCUUUCACUGAAGGAGGCGCAGCUCGUUUCCAAACAGAAGCAAGAACUGGAGUCUUCGACGUAGCGAGG